ACUAGACUGAACUUUCGCGCCGCGCGUGCAUUCCUGUCCGAGGGAAACGGGGCAACCUCACCAGUGAUCGCGUGCAACAGUGGCGGUGAGCGACGAGGAUGUCGAGGUAGUCGACGUCUCGCCGUUUUCUCUCGGCCUCCUCUCUCCCUCUCUCUUUCUCUCUCGCACAGACUCACUCUUCCUUUCCGCUCCUCCAGUUCCUCGCAGCCGCGAGAAGCCGAAGAGAGCGCGUGCGACGUCGACGCACCGAGCGUCCGUUGCGGCAUAUUCGCGCGCGCGGCCCGCCGCGUACGUUCCUUACGUCUCCAAGGUGAACGGCUGCGGAAAGCCCGCGGCGGGAUCACCGCCCCGCUACGUCGUCCGAUGCGUCGCCGUCCCCGUCGCGGCUGAGAAAGAGGAGGAGGCGACUCGCGAGCGCGCACGUCGCGGUACCCGCAGCUGCUACCUGGUGCACUCCGGACACUCGGCCGUGAACCAUGGAGGACUACAAGUUUCUCUUCAAGGUCGUGCUCGUGGGAAACGCCGGCGUGGGCAAGACCUGCCUGGUGCGACGAUUCACUCAGGGUUUAUUUCCACCUGGACAAGGCGCGACGAUUGGAGUUGAUUUUAUGAUCAAGACUGUCGAAGUAGAAAAUGAAAAAGUCAAGUUGCAAAUCUGGGAUACUGCGGGUCAGGAAAGAUUUCGUUCGAUUACUCAGAGUUACUACAGAUCCGCGCACGCGUUGAUAUUAGUUUACGAUAUUUCUUGUCAACCUACGUUCGAUUGUCUGCCGGAUUGGUUGCGAGAGAUCGAGGAGUAUGCGAGUAACAAAGUUCUUAGGAUAUUAGUAGGAAAUAAAAUCGAUCGAGAGGAUCGGGAGAUACCGACGCACGUGGGGGAGGACUUUGCGCAGAGGCACGGCAUGUACUUUCUAGAGACGUCCGCCAAGGAAGCGGAAAACGUCGAGAGAUUAUUUAUGGAGAUAGCAGCCGAACUCAUGGAGCAAGCACGCAGCAAGGAAUUACCUCGAUACGAAACGAAUACAACGUCGAUAAACGGUAAAACGACAUCGAUUGGUGAUAGUAGUAAUUGCGGUUGCAGCCGACUCUCUUAAGCUGACUUUUCUAAUGUAUGUAACACCAAGUAUUUCAGUAUAAACUCUAUUUUUUUCGGUUUUAUACACACAUACACACGCGCGCGCGCAUAUUACGCGACUUUUACACACGGGACGACAUUACACGUCUUUUCUUAUGAAUCGAGUAUCGAGCGUAUCAACAUUUGAUAAUUCGGGAGGUACCUAAUACGUGUAUGUGCAUCUUUGAUACGGUGUUAUUGUUUAGCGUUAUCAUAUUAUAUGCUACGUUGUGCUUUUAUGCUAUGUUGCAAGAUAUAUUUAAUAUAUUUAAAACGCGAGGCGGCGAGGCGCGCGCGAACGCGGGAGAAUAUGUCUCCGCGUAUUAUCGAGCACUAGUUUAUACAGCGUCAAAUUUUUAUAGACACACACAACCAUCGCAAGCGGGACUUACGCUCCAUUAUCGUCGGCUAUUACUCAACUUGACACUGCACGAUGUUAAAUUGUUCAGCUAUUUAUUAUUUCCACACUUGCGUGCACGGAAGUGCAUUUAAUUACGCAGCUGCGCGAUAGUUAUUUCAGUUCACUUCGGAAGUACAAAUAGUUAUUAUCGCAACGGAUUUUGGUAACCUGUCCAAGAUCUUAUUAGUAACAAUAAGAUUUUUACGACACGUCGCAAGCCUACGGUGUAUAGAGUUAUUUCUAAUGUGCAAUAUAUUUUACGCGUUUGUCACACGCUAUUUUGACGAGGAGGCAGCUCACCGUACGCUCAUAACGGCAUGUUAACGUUAAAUAAAGUGUAGGUGGCAUUCUAGCUCUACAACCAUACGGUAAUCAACGAGGAUCUUUCAUUUGGUAGAUUAUUUGUAACACGAUAAUCUAUAGGAAAUUAAAGAUACGUUGCAAAAAUAUCUAUCGUCGUAGAAUCUCGACGAGAAUUUGUACGAUCUGAGUUUUGUUACACUUGCUUUACAUUUAAUGUACAGGCAUACGGUUGAUCACUGGUUAUUCUAUUUAUAUCUUCGCGUAAUGUUGCGAGGAAAAAUUGUUUCUUAUUUAUAUUACUAUAGAGUUAAGAUCAUUUAUGUGUACUAGUACUGUACUAGUAUUCCGGCACGUCGCUCUAGUCUUCACAUUUCUUUUAGAUAGAUUUUAUACAUAGCGAUUACGUGUAUGUGAACGUUAACGAUAUGUGCAUCGUUUAUCGUUUAUUUGCGGCUGAAAUUUUUUCAGAUGGUUUACGGCUCACGUUUAGCAUGUGAUUGUUGCGUAGAUCUGUGUUGUUUUAUAUCAGUUGGAUGAUUUCAUGAACGUUCAUUUUAUUUAUCGCGCGAAAUAAGGUAGAUAAGAAAUAAGAAAUUAUUAUGUUCUUAUAGAAAUUUUAUUCGUUUGUUAAUACCCAUCUGAACACUCACAUCUAUAUUCUAUAUUAAAUUCCACAAUGUUUCCGCAAAAUGCUUAACAGUAUGGAUUCAUUCAGAUUGCAUAAAAAGUGAACGUACCACACACAUCUUGCGUGCAUCCACAUUCAUAAUUUUCACAGAGCUUUUUUACACGCGCGUACCGAGAUGAGGUCAGAUUUAUACAAAUUGUUCGGAAAUUGCUCCAAAGACUUGCGUUACAUUUUAUUACUAUCGAUGUAAGCGACUAAUGAUACAUACGAGUCACAAUAUGAAUCGUAACUUGUAAUAAAAAACCAUAUUGGUCGAGACAUAUCAAUUUUCUUUGUACGGAAACGCGGAGCACAUUGCAUCGAGUUAUUGUGCGACCAUCUCUCGUGGAAAAUUACGUGUAGAUCCUAGAUGUAAGUUAUCUCUCAUGUAAAAUGCAUUUCUCGAGCAAAAAUAACAACAAUAU